CAGGAAUGUACGUGGCGUGUCUGUCCAGGUGCCCUCACAUCCAGUGGCAUCCAUCCAGACACCAACACUGACACUGGCCAUGCUCAGAACUACCUCAGCCCUGAAGACACAAGUGACAAAUAGAAGGGGGCCGCGCCCUGUUACAGCAGGUGCUCUCACUUUGUGGGUCCUUAUGUAACUGCGCGGUGUUAAUCAGGAUCGCCCGUUCUACAUUGUGUGGCGCUGCUGCGGUGUCUCCUAGUUAUUUGUUUCUCUGUCCACGUGGGUCAAAUCAUGGUGCCCCUCUUAAACCUCCAAAAAAAACCAAAGUUGAUUUUCUAUUUUGCAACUUGCCAUCUCUAUAUAAGUGCAGAAGAGUUAACAUCGUGAAAGAUCAGAGCCCGGAGAAUAGGCUCUCCUGGAUAUUUCAGGCUAAAGGCAACUUUCUUUUACAAAAGGAUCUGAGGAGCAGGAGCAAGGAACGCAGGGAGAGAUUCAGGAAGACAUCUGACUGUGUUAAGAGACGACAGUCACAGCCACACGGGGAGCGAGGACACUUGCAGCAAAGUAAAACGACUUCACAACUAUUGCAUCAGAGCUGCAGGUGUGAGAGAGCCUAAGCCUGUCUCAGAGUGCAGGGGACAAGUGGAAAGGAAUGUGUAAGAAUGCUGGUGACUGAGUUAGAAGCAUGCUUCGAAGCUGUCCAUGUCCUUGCCAUCCAGAAGCGGAGCCUGGGAGCUACCGAAUUUCUCCAGAAUGCGGUUUACAUUCAUCUUCGACAGCAUUCCUAGGAGAGAAUUCAGCAGUGAGCAUCCUCUCCGAGCUCUAUGAGUUGAUCGGCUUCCACCGCAAGUCCGCCUUCUUCAAGUGGGUGGCCCCCGUGCAGCGCGUGGCCCCCGGCAUCCCGGAGCAUGGCUGGAAGGCCUGCUACCGACUCCUUCUGCAGACGCUUCCUGGCUACAGUCUGUCGCUGGAUCUGCAGGACUUCAGCAAAGGUGUUGGAACUAAAACAUUGCUUCAGUCCCAUUAACCAUGCCUGGUAUGGGCCCUGCUGUCCUGUCUCAUCAGGGUGAAUUCUGAUUCGUUUAGAAUAGGGCUCAGCAGACUUUUUCUGUCAAGGGCUUGGGAGUAAGUAUUUCAGGGUCUGCAAACCUCCUGAUCUCUGGUGCAGCUGCUCAGCUCUGCUGUUCAGACGCCAGAGCAUCCGGACAUUCCACACACCCACAGAGCUUUAUUAACAGCGGUGUCUGGGGCUGGAUUCAGUGUAUGAACUGCAGUUUGUCCCCACAGCCUCCUCACUAUUGACGCCUGCACCAGAGCAUGCAUUUGCGACAAUGGGUGAACCUGCACUGACACAUCAUCAUCACCCAGAGCCCAGACUUGACACUAGGAUUUACACUUGGUGGUGUGCACUCUGUGGGUUUGGACAGAUGUGCAAUGACAUGUAUCCACCGUCACAGCAUCAUACAGAGUAGUCUGUCUUAGUGACCUUAAAAUGCUACGUGCUGCACCUCAUUCAUUGCUCCUUCCCCUCUAGCCUCUGACAGCCACUGAUCUUUUAGUCUCUGUGGUUUUCCCUUUCCCAGAACACCAUACAGUUGGAAUCAGACAGUUGCGGAACCUUCCCAGAUUGGCUUCUUUCCCUUAGUAAUAUGCAUUAAAGGUUCCUCCAUGUCUUUCCAUGCCUUGAUAACUCAUUUCAUUUUAGCACCAAAUAAUAGUCCAUUUUCUGGCUGGAACACAGUUAAUCCAUUCACCUACUGAAGAACAGCUUAGUUGCUUCUGAGUUCUGGUGAUUAUGAAUAAAGCUGCUAUUAACAUCUGUA